CCGACACACCGACCUUACGACUAGUAGCAACAAAAAUUCACAAACACAGAAAAUAAAACAUAUUUUCUUUCUUAUAAGUUAUAUUAUUUGAAUUGUUUUAAUUAUAAUGUCCAGCACGAUGAAGCUUCUCUGUACAUUAAUAACGCUCGCCAUUGUAAACGUUUCACCAAUAAUGACAGCGGCCUAUGCAAAUUCGGUUUACAUUACAAACAAAUACAUCAAAGAUGCUUUAGAUACAAAUCCUGCUGGAUUGGAAACUGCAAUUUCAAAUAUUAUUAACGGAGAUAAAUCGAUAGAGCAAAUUAAUUUGAUGUGGGCUAUACCGGAUAAAGCAAAUAUUUUCCGAAUUAAUCAUGAUCAAUCAUUUAUUAUGAUAUUACCAGAACAUAUUGCCACAGCUGAUCAGGAGGCAGUGCAAGAAGCAAUAUUCCAAGCUACAAAUAUCGCUAAGCCUCAACUGGGCCCGAACGAAAAUUAUGGGAACAGUUCAUUGCCUCAGCUUGGAGAAUACAGAAGACGUAUAUUAGGACAAGUUACAAAAAAUGUAUUUUUCGCUGCAGUAGGUAAAGGAACACAAGACCUCGACAACCUCAAAGGAAUAUGUCGUCUAUUAGUGUACAAACUGCAAAAUGAAAUUGAAAUAACAAUACUACCUGCCGAACAAUACAAUAUAUUAUUUAUCUCGAAAAUGGUUCAAUAG